CGAAACCAUUCUUCGUAUAAGUAAUACAACGGCUUUUUGUCUCACUCCGCUCUUGUCUCUGUACCACGAUGAUACGAACUUCUUCCAUUCGUAGCCAAGAUGACCCCUUGUCUCUUGCUAUAAGACCUCCUCCAGAAGAAUCAGACUCAGAUCGCCAUAUUCGGCUGCAGCACGAAGCCGAAGCGCGUCGAAUCUCAGAACAGAUAGACGAAGAACUCAGGUUUGAGAGGGAAAGGUUGAAAAAGUCCAAAAGUGAUGUCAAGUUACUUCUCCUUGGCCAGGCUGAAUCUGGCAAAUCAACCCUGCAAAAGCAGUUUCAGCUUAUGUAUAGCCCUGCUUCUCUUGAAAGCGAGCGCAUGUCAUGGAGAACCGUCGUAUAUUUCAAUGUCGUGCGAUCUAUCAAAAAGAUCCUUACAACGCUGGAAGCUUGGGACGACAUCGAUGAUGGGAGUGACUCUCAGAGCACUCUCGAGCGUCAGGAACUCGGUGACUAUCUUCCCACUCGGGCUUCAAGUUCGGCAACACCCAGUAUACACAGUUCACAAAUCGGGGUAGCCCUUUCGCCGCCGUCACCUACGUCACCCACUAGUCCAACUGCGUCUAGUCCCAUUCGGGGAUCGACUGCGAUAUCUGAUCUCCGGCGACGACUUCUACCACUCACAAAUACUGAGCCUCAGCUUGCUGAUGGCUUAAGUGGGGGCGUCUCUGUGUCAGGGUCCGGCAAAGGCGAAGUUUACGUUCGAAGCGGAUGGCAGGCGAGGACCAUCCAAAAAGCUCUGUCAGUUAUCGAUGCUGACCCUCUUGUGGAUGAUGUCGCAAGAAUGUUGGAACAGUCGAGGGAAGAUAUCAGGACCUUGUGGGAGAACCAGGUUGUCCGUGCCUUGAUGACAAGUCGAAAAUUAAAGCUAGAUGAGUGGUCAGAGUUUUUCUUGAAUGACAUCUCACGUAUCUCGGCACGGAAUUAUGUACCGUCUACUGAUGAUAUUCUCCAUGCACGCAUCCAAACUAUGGGCGUUGCUGAGCAUAUUUUUGACGUUGACAUUCAUGGCAAGACUGUGACGUGGCAUCUCUUUGACGUUGGUGGCGCCAGGGGACAGCGUCAUUCAUGGGUGCCGUACUUCGACGACGCAAACGCCAUAAUUUUUGUCAGCCCAAUCAGUGCUUUUGAUCAGUACCUCGAGGAAGAUCCUCGCACCAACCGUAUCGACGACUCACUUCAGCUCUUUACACAGAUCUGCUCCAAUCAGCUCCUCAAGAAGGUCCAUCUAGUCUUAUUCUUGAACAAGACUGAUAUCCUAAAAAAGAAGCUUGAACGAGGGUUAUCUGUCUCGAAAUACAUUCUCUCGUAUGGCGACCGUCCAAACGAGUACGAGUCAGUUGUACAGUACUUCCGUGCCCACUUUCUCCAAGUCCACAGACGGAAUAACGAAAACAGACGUGUGCUGUAUACGCACUUGACCAAUGUUGUUGAUACCAAGGCAACCCAAAGCAUCAUAGGAAACGUACGAGACUCGAUUUUCAGAGGAUACUUGCAAUCUGCUGCGCUCGUCUGAGUUCCUCGAUGUUGUGUUUGAUACCCGGCGCAUAAUGACACUGUCUAACUUUGCCACGACCUGCUAUGCUUUCUUGUCGAACUGCUUUUCCAUGCACGUCCAUAUCCAGAUUGUUUCCGUUGUCCCACGUACAUUAUCCUUACUCUUACUUAUAUUAUUUGUGUUUUAUGUUGCACUUUCAUCUUCCUCAAACCAUUGUGUUGUUUUGUCUGUAGCAUCCAAAGUGUAUUCCUGUGGUCCUGUGACGAGCCUGUUGUUAUCGUUAUUGCUGCUCGCCGUUACAUCCCAUCAAGUACUGUACAUCAUGAUUAGCUACUUAGAGGUGUGCUCAAAUCAUGUGCAUGAUUCAUGGAUGAUGCAUGGGCGCUAUGAUAUAUAUUGUGGAAACGGUUAAGCUCCUGCCUGAGGUGUUGACCCGCCUAUG